AUGUCAUCAUCUUAUAAUCCAGCUGAAGAAACAAUUAAUUCAAUUCUCACUGGAUUACUUCCAGUAUUGAUAGUUGGUCUGUUUAAUGGUUUUGAAGAUGGUAAAAGAAUGAAAUUAUCCGUGAUAAAUAUAUUUGAUGAUUUUGUUAUAUUUGCAUCUAUUGUCAUAUAUCCUAUAAUUACAGCAAUUGAUUGGUAUCAAUAUUAUAGCAGCUAUUACAAAAAAACAGUUAUUGCAUAUUACACUGUUAUAGCAAUUCUUGGAAUAAUUUCAUACAUCCGUUUCUUACGGGUUCAAUACAUAAAUGAAGUUAAAGAAAACGAAAACAAUAAAAAUGUAAGCUUGGAUGAAGAAGAAACAGAAAUAGAUGAGAGAGGAAAUGGUGAAACAAGUAUAAAUAUGGAUAAUGUCAACACAAAUAAAGAGAAUGAUGAAAAAAUAAAUGGGAGAGUAAUUUACAAAAUUAUAAAAAAGUUAUUUAAAAAAUCUACAGGUGAAAUAUUUAAAGGUGAAAUGUUAGCUUGCUACUUCAUUUUCGUACUUACUUUUUCAUCAUAUAUUGGGUAUGACGCCUUUAUCAGUGGUGAUCUUGAUGCUCCCAACUUAAGUUUGAAUAACGUUACUUUUAGUACCGAUAAUUUUAAUAACGCUAAAAAUAACGUUAACAAGGCUUUUAGUCACAUGAGUAGUUAUUGCAUUGAAAACUUUGGAGUUAAAAAAUGCAACAAUUUGAGGCUAACAAAUAUGAUAAUAUAUUUUUCUGGAAUUGUAUUCUAUGGUUUACAUGGGUUUUAUAUCACAAUUUUACGCAUUCACAAACUUCGCAAAGGUAAUUUGGGACGUUAUUUAGGAGAUUUUAAACAUAUUAUCGAUCAUUUCAAAACAAUCUUUAAGUUUUUUAAACAUAUCAAUAUAGUGUUAUUAAUUGUUUAUCCAGCUAUUGUAUCUGGAUAUUUAAUUAGCACCGAUCCUAUUACCACAAAAAUAGCUUUUGGAAUUUGUACUUUAGCUUUUACUAGAUUAGUUGACCAUUUUAAUGAAAAACCUGAUAAAAUCAAUACAUUAAUCUCCAUUUAUCUGAAUGGCGAAGAAAAUAGUAAAGAUAAAGAGCAAAUAGAUAAACUAACAGAAGAGAUAGAAAAGCUAACAAAAAAGAUAAACAAUCAAACAAACGUGAUAAAUAAUCUAAGAAAAGAGAUAAAAGAAAACAAGCUGAACAGAGCGGAAACGUGA